AUGACUUCCAUGCGCCUUCAAAACUCCGGCUUGGUAGAUCUAGGCAUUCAAUCCUCUAUAAUUUCUGAGCCAAUGCAGCUGACGAGCAAAGUUCCUCAACAAAGCCCACAAGGCCACUCAAGCGAAGGAUGCGACAUCACCUCAAGCCCAGCAAGAUCUGAGGAACUCCAGGAUGAAUACGAGGAAGAAGACAAACAAGACCAAGAGAUUACAGAUAGUGAACUGAUUGAAGAAGGCCAAGAGGACCAAGAAAGAGGAGCAGAGGAUGAGAUCUUGUCAGAUGAAGAAAUGGAGAGUGAGGAUGAGCCGAUGGACGAUGGAGCCGAAGAUAUGGCGUUCAGGGAGCGCUACUACGAAGAGAAUGAGAAUUUUCGAAAGACUCGCUACGACACACCAGUAUCGCCUGAACCACCUGCGGCACCUGCGCCCUAUGUAAAAGCCUAUGACUAUCGGGAACGUGACCCAAAAAUUCUUCGGACAAUGAGAACUGCUUUUGACUAUGACAACAGUGGUGACUACGACCCUAGAGCAGAAAACCGGCGCAAGCACUCAAAGAAAAGAGAUGGCAAGCGCCGGGCCAUCAGUCUGCCACGCACUGGCUUCGUGGUCAACGCAGACCCUGAAGACGAAGAUGCUGAAGAAUCACUGGACGCUCCACAGAGACCCAAAGCACCAACUUCAAAGCUGAAGGCCAGACAAGAGGGACUCCACCUCGAAGUUAUCUUCAGGUAUGAAUCAUAUGAAAUGCAACAGCUAUUGGCGGGCUGGGUGGAUAAUUGGCCAGAUGACGAGGCCUGGAAUAUUUUCGUUGACGAGUCUAUCGGUGAAAGCUCUGGCACGGGUAUGACUCAAGUGGUGAAGCAGCGCCACCGCCGAAGACGAGCAAGAGAUUACAGAUCAUCAAGUAAUGUAGAUGAAGUCAUCACCGACCCACUGACGGAUCCUGACCGACAUCAAGAGGACCUUCGUAACCACCCGGCGGCUCGAGGUUGCGUCACUUGUCGCAGACUUGACCUGGCCUGUCCUUUGCUGAAAGACCCGAACGCAUAUCCUUGCGCACUUUGUCCGCCCGCAGAACACAGCUCAGAGGAUACAGGCUCUGAAGAUGAUCCCAGAAGUGACCAGCGAGACUGCCAACUUCUCGUCGCCCCUGAAUACAGACAACGUUGCCAAAGUUGCAAAAGAGCCGACUACGACUGCUCCUUAGCAGACAAUCCAGAUCAGCCGGGACCUUGUGAUGAGUGCGUGACUUCGUCGAGUUUAUGCGUCGCGGGACCUCUGCCAGGCCAUGGAAGGCAGAGGAUUUCCGUCGAUAAUCCGCUGUCGCUACAGAACAUGAUCCUUGCAGCUGCAGCAGACCGUACGUAUAUUCAGUGCACCCGUUGUCGCUUGGCGAAAAGAAGAUGUUCUCUCAAAACCAAGGACGAUCUACCACCUUGCAAGACGUGCGUCAAAGAUGGCACGACUUGCGAUUUUCUCAAUUUGCGAAAGCUGAAAACAAAGAAACUAAGCAUUAAAGGAGGUAAGAAGGACGAAAGUGAAGACGUCAUGGACCAAGACACCGAUGCAGAACAAGAAAUCGGCGAAAAUCAGGAAGAGAAUGAAGAUCUGGAAGGUGAGGAUGAACACGCUCACUCCACCGUAGAAAUUGGGGAGUCAAGCCCUUCCACGGUGCAAGUGUACAGAGGCCUUUCCGGUCCGACACUCGUUGACGAGCCUCAAGAUUCUCGCACUGUAACCUAUCCGAUUGCAGAGGUCUCUGGCGCCGACACUGGGUGCUGGAUGAUGGACGUUCACGGAAACAGCGGGACAAUGACGCAAAUAAGGACGCAAUUUGCUCAUCCUAUGGCUUUCAUGCUGGUCGGAGACCCCUGGAUAGAUGUUUCCACCGUAGAAAUGCUCACUCUAAAGCAUCCGCACUGUAACUUUUGUCAAGAUCUGACUUAUGGGUUGGGAGGGCUAGGACAAGUAAAGACCGUCGACGUACUCAAAUGGGACUCAGGCCUGGGCUACUCAGAACUGGAGGGCGGUUACACUGCCAAUGGCAUCGAACCAACGAGAAUGUGUGCAAAUUGCACUUUGCAGCGCGAAUUCAUCGUGGAAUGUGAUCAACAUAUCAUUGGACCCCUCAAAGGGUCAGAACACCUGAAGACAGUAGCUGGGAAUGACGAUGCCAUCAACCGGCUCUUCGACGGUGUGCCCCUGGACAACGAAUAUUUCUGCACUUUCUGUUAUGUAUAUGCGGCAACUUCGGCAUGUGAAGCGGAUAAAGACGCUGAUCAUCUUGGUAACGAACUAAGAGGUGAUUCUGGAAUGCGACGUGGGUGUGGUCUUUAUCUGUGCGAAAGGUGUGUUGCGGCAUACAAAGAUGAGAUCCGCGCCGGUGGAUCGUUCCAAACCUUUAUUGAGAUACUCGAAAAAGGUUGUCUGGAGAACGCGGAGAACGGAGACAUCAGAGCCGACGUGGGUCUUCUCAGUCGCGAAGGCCUUCUGGUCAAAACAACACAGAAUGGUAUUGACGAGGCCGAGGAAGCAGUCAUUCGAGAGAUGGCUUGA